UAACUACUGAUCACUUGAAUGUCUUCAUCACUCGAUUACAAACAGUUUUUACUAAAUAAGUUGUCGUCCUUUGAGAACCACUUACUACUGCUGAACGCAUCGCAAUCAUCACCACUACUCCUAUCACCGGAAUCUUCCUCAUCGACCACAUCGUCGACCACUUCCUCAUCGAAACCGAGUGCCGAAGGGAUGGGAAGCGCUUUCAGAGUCGUUACGCCUAAAACCAAUCGCAACGAAAUCGGAGGCGGAUCCCAUACCACUGGCUGUGAUGAGGAGCAGAGCAGCUCUACUCACUGCGACAUGAGCUCAUCAUCCUCUUCCUUAUCUCCAAUCGGGAUGAAUAGGGAUCGACCCCUGGGUUUAGACCGAAAUAAUAGACAUAACGGACACUUACCACUACUUUUAGCCGGCGCCAACUCAUACUACGGUCAGCUGAACACAACGCUGGCCUCCGUGUGGUCGUCGGCGGCCAGCGAGUCGGCCACAGCUUUAUCUACCGUUCCAUCGAAGCAAUGGCCGGACCUGAGUAGCGCCCUAUCGCUGCUACCGUUCCUACGACAGGGCACGCCGUCGGCCAUAAACGCGUGGACAGCGGCGGCCGCCGCAUACGCCUCACUCAUGCCAUCGCAGACCCCUAUCAGUGGCACACAAACUAUGGACAGAAUUAACAACUCGUUCAUCAAUACUAACCUAAAGCGAUGCGAUGAUGGAGGCCCAGGACCUCUCAAUCUCAAGAAUCUGACCAAACAGUUGUGUACCACAAACGAGAGCUUCAGGAAUGAGACAAAUAGCAAAUCAAACAACAAUUUGCGACAAAUAUCUGAAGAAUAUUCUUCAUCUUCGCGUUCAAAUUCACCCGAAAUUGAUUUAAUGGAAAAUAAUAGCAACAGUAAUAACAGCAAAGAGUAUGAUAUGAUAGCAAAUGAUGGCAACAAUAGGAGAGAUGAUUGCGAUAAUAAUAACAACAUUAACGGUAAUAACAAGAGAAAGCGGUAUAGUAUUAGCUCAGAGACCUCAUCGACCACUCAAUCACCCAAACCAUUAUCGCUAUUAUCGGCCCAGAAAUCAUCAGGGCCAUCAAAGCCAGUAUCAGUGACUGAUCACAGCAUAUCACAGCUCCUGGCAAACAGUUAUUGUCAUCAUAAAAGUACUAAUAGUCAUCAUAAUCACAAUAAUAACAACGGCAACAGCAGCACCGGUGCCACUAAUAAAGGGAGUUCACCGGUAGCUCACAAUCAGAGCUGCGAAUCGCAGCCAAAUCUGCCAUCAAAUCCGAUGGGAGACAAACUUUUCCGACCAUUUCAGGACAUUCCGCGAUACUUUGGUCUACCAUUAUAUGGCUUCAGUGGUAACCCAUUCCUCAAUGGCAGCAAACUAUCACCGACUGAGGGGUCGGCAACGAUGCCGUCAUUCCUUUCGGCCACUUUCGGUGGCAAUUCAAUGGGAGAGGGCUCACCACUGGCCGCUCACCACCACUUCAGCCAUUAUAAGUCGAAUUUCUUCGGCACCAACACCGCUGGCCAACAGUUUGGCGACGGACUAGUCUUUUCGUGUAUCAAAUGUGACAAAAUGUUUAGUACACCCCAUGGCCUGGAAGUGCACGCCCGGCGCUCCCAUUCCGGCAAACGGCCCUUUGCUUGUGAAAUGUGUAAUAAGACGUUUGGACAUGAGGUCAGUCUAUCGCAGCACCGGACUGUCCACACGGCAGAGAAGACCUUCGAAUGCAAACAGUGUGGCAAACAAUUCAAACGCUCGUCCACUCUGUCCACACACCUACUCAUCCACUCGGACACCAGACCCUACCCGUGCCAAUACUGCGGCAAACGAUUUCACCAGAAGUCUGAUAUGAAAAAGCAUACUUAUAUUCACACAGGUGAAAAGCCUCACAAAUGUUCAGUUUGUGGCAAAGCGUUCAGUCAGUCGUCUAACCUGAUAACCCACUCCCGAAAGCAUACGGGGUUUAAGCCGUUCGCUUGUGAUGUGUGCGGCCGAGCCUUUCAGCGCAAAGUCGAUCUCAGACGGCAUAAGGAGACCCAGCACUCGGAGAUCCGGUCGCCCAACCAUUUGUCGGUCAUUCAGGCCGCCAUAUCCUCGCCGGUGGUCAACAGCCCUGUCAUCGGUUCACAGCAACCAUUAGUCGCCAAUUCAGACAUAAUUCGCUGUAAUUAUUAG